CUCCAAAAUCGCUCAUUUGGCAGGAACCCUAAACCCACAGGGCUCAUCUCGCCAGCGCCGCCGCCGCCCAGGGAACCCACCAAGCUCGUCUCCCCGGCGACUCCCUUCACCACCAGGACCUCCCCGACCCCACGCACCGCCGCCGCGAGGGUGACCACGCGAAGCAGCCGUCGCUGAUUAGCUACAGGGGGGCGGACCAACAAGACCGCCACAGCCCACAGACACCCCAGGAGGCCGGGUGGCAUAAACCCUAGGAAGCCCGCGGCUCUUCCCUCUCUCUCUCUCUCUCUCUCCCGACAGAGCACGCCGCGACCCGCCGACCACAAGAAUGAGCGCGGAGACCGACGCGACGGCGGCCGGCGGGCUCGCGGGGGAGAUGGAGGUCGAGGCGUACCGCCGCCUCUUCCCCCUCGCGUUCCUCGAGCGUCACCUCCGCGAGUCCGUCCGGCCUGACGCCCGCCGCCUCGCCGAAGCCCGCCCCACCACCGUCGCGCUCGGCGCCGUCUCCUCCGCUCACGGCUCUGCCCUCGUCCGCCUGGGUGACACCGCCAUGCUCGCGUCGAUCAAGCUCGAGGUGAUGUCGCCCUCUGCCGAGACCCCGGACCAAGGAUCAGUCGCUGUGGAGUUCCACAUGCCGCCUAUCUGCUCCCCGCUUGUAAGGCCAGGACGGCCAGCAGAGGCUGCGCCUGUCAUCUCCAAGGCCCUGGAGGACGUCCUCAUGAGCUCUGGGAUGUUAAAUUUGAAGGAGCUCUGUUUGAUCAGUGGGAAGGCUUCGUGGGUAGCAUACCUGGAUGUCUAUUGUUUGAAUGCUGAUGGAUCUUUGUUUGAUGCUGCACUGAUCUCAGUGGUGGCUGCAUUUACACAUUUGGAAAUUCCCCUAGUAUCUGUUGGUGAUGAUGGUAGAGUCUUUACUGUUGGAGGCAAUGAAGGCAAAACCAAAUAUGAAUUGGUAAACAGAGAAAAGAGGAAGCUUACUCUUGGUGACAUUCCAUUUCCUCUCACAUGUGCACUUCACAAGGAUAGUAUUCUAGCGGACCCAACUGCUGAAGAAGAAUCAAUAAUAGAAACCUCUGUCACAGUUGUUCUAGAUUCUUCCGGCCGCUUAGUGUCAAUACAAAAACCUGGAGGUGGAGUGACGUCCAUGGCAACAAUUAAGGCGUGCAUUGGCUUGGCAAAAGAAAGAGGACAAAAGUUGAAGGAAAUACUCACGGACUCCGUUGAAGCAAUGGAAGUUGACCAAGCUGAAUAAGUCCGUGCAAAUAGUUCUAAUUCAGUGGUUGUACUGCCACUGGUAGUGACAUAGAAGUUUUGUUGCUUUUAACUGUGGGUAUUAUUUUUCUAGGAUGAACGCGAAGAUAUAACAAUCUGUGCCCUGCAUAUGACCUGACGUUUGUAGCGCCAUAAGUUUUAUUUGAGAAUGUUCUUGAUUAUUUUCAGUAGCUC